AUGCAAGGUGUCGAGGUAACUUGCCCUUUUCAUAGCUGUAACUCAAAAUUCAAAAUAAAGUCAUCAUUUACUUCUCACCUAAGUAGGCGCCAUAAAAAUCCUGCCAACAGAGUGGUGUCUUCUGAAUUACUUGUACAUAUAAAUAGCCAAGCAACCAAUGACAAUUCAACUUCAAGUCAGUUGGAUGGUUUUGGUUUAGAAGUUGACAUUGUUGGAGAGACCUCCAACAAUGACAAUCUGGAAAAUGAUGAUACCCAAGAGAAUAUAAGUGAGUUAUUUGUUAAAAAUUUGGCAUUAUUUUACCUGAAACUAAAUGCCAAAUUUCAUGUGCCUGCUAGCACUAUCCAAAAGAUCAUCCAGGAAAUGCAGGCAAUGCAUAACAUAUCUCAAAUUCACUUAAAACAGCAUGUAAAAAUUAAAUUGGCAGAAAUGUCUGUUGGGAAUGAAGUAAUUGACCAAAUUGCAAGUGAAUUUUUACCAAAUGAUAUAUUCAAUCUGGCUCAUGGCGAUAAAGGCACAUUGAGCACGGAUUAUAGGCGAAAACAUUUUUUUAAGAAUAACUUCAAUUAUGUGGCCCCGGUUACAAUAUACCUAGGUUUUGAUAAAAAUCAUGUUAAAAGAUAUUAUGAGUAUGUACCAAUAAUAGAAACAAUACAGGAACUUUUAAAAGAUGCAGGUGUAAAGGAGCAAUUUGAGAAACCUAUUUUAAAUUCAGAUGAGAUUUUAAGAGAUUUCAUGGACGGCAGUGUAGCCAAAAGUAAUAUUCUUUUUAUUGAGCUAGGAAAUGCAAUAAAGCUCAUUCUCUACCAAGAUGCAUUCGAAGUUGUCAAUCCUCUUGGAUCAGCAAAAAAAAAGCAUAAAGUUUUAGCUGUUUAUAUAACAUUAGGAAACAUUUACCCUCAAAAUAGAUCACAAAUUGACCAAAUGCAGCUUGUUCUUCUCGUACGAGAAAAGGAUUUUAAGUUUUUUGGACAAGAUGCUGUGUUUCGUGUCCUGGUAAAUGAUCUCAAAAAAAUUGAGCAAUAUGGUGUUCUUAUUGACACAAAAUACAUACGAGGAACUGUUGCUAUGAUUCUUGGCGAUAACUUAGGUAGUCAUUGCAUUGGGGGAUUUGUAGAAAACUUUAGCAGCUGUCCUUAUGUGUGCAGAUUUUGUCUUAUGGAAACUGAAAACAUUCAUCUUGGCGAUGUUUUUGACACUUUUUGUCAAAGGUCCCCUGAUAACUACAAUGCCGACUUGCAAAAUCUAGAAAGUAACCCAGACUUAAAUAACUAUAAGGGCAUCAAGUUUAAUUCAAUUUUCAAUGAAUUAAGAUAUUAUCAUGUUUGUAAUCCUGGUUUACCACCUUGUUUGGGCCAUGAUUUGUUUGAAGGUGUUGUCAAUUAUGAUUUGGCCUUGUAUAUACACCAUAUGGUGAAAGUUAACAAGUGGUUUACAUAUGCCCAAUUCAAUCAAAUAGUGACAAAUUUUAAAUAUAGUGGAAGUGAUGCUAAUAAUAAACCAAGUAUAAUUUCUGAAGAAGGUAGUAAGUUAGGUGGUCAUGCUGUUCAGAACUGGUGUCUCCUGAAACUUUUACCACUUUUUAUUGGUUCAAGAGUUAACAACACCAGUGAUCCUGUGUGGCAGUUAACACUGCUUCUGAGGGAAGUUGUUGAGCUUAUAUGUGCACCAGAAAUUAGUUUGGCACAAGUAGCAUAUUUGAGAGUAAAGCUUGAAGAUUAUUUAGAGCAAAGAGUUGAACUCUUUCCAGACAAGCCAGUGAAACCAAAGCACCACUAUAUGGCACACUACCCAAGGCUUAUUUUACAAUUCGGACCGUUGAUAAGAGUUUGGACUCUUCGUUUUGAGAGUAAGCAUUCAUAUUUUAAGAAGUGUGCCCGCUAUAGCCAGAAUUUUAUUAAUAUAUGCCAUACAUUUGCUGAGCGGCAUCAACUUUUACAGGCUUACCUGAACAAUGGUUCGCUUCUUCGUGUUAGUGCAAGUGUUGAAAAUGCUAUCACAUUUAAUGUAGAUCUGUAUAACGAUAGCAUUAAAAAUGCCUUUUGCAGCCAUCACUGUUUAACUGAAGAAGUUGUUACUUCUUCUGUAGCACUCAUUGAUGGCAUUCAAUACAGAAAAGAUUUUUUUGUUGUCCUAGAUUGCCAACAGAGUAACUUAACAUUGGGUCAAAUAAUCAUGGUUUUUCAACAUAAAGAUAACACAGUUUGUAUUUUAGUUAAGAAAGUUCCAGCUCAGUAUCACUCUGAGAUGGGGUAUUAUAAGAUUGCAGGAGUUGCUAGAGAGUUGGGAUUCAGUUGUGUUAGGUUGUCUGAUCUCAAAUCACACUGUUGUUUGCCAUCAUAUACAAUAGAGAAAGAGCAAGUCAUUGUUCUGAAACAUACAAUUCUGGAUUAA